ACGUCCAGCCAGCUGCCCAGCAGCAAGCGGAUGCGCACCGCAUUCACCAGCACGCAGCUCCUGGAGCUGGAGAGGGAGUUCGCCUCCAACAUGUACCUCUCCCGACUGCGGCGAAUCGAGAUCGCCACCUACCUGAACCUCUCCGAGAAGCAGGUGAAGAUCUGGUUCCAGAACCGACGGGUCAAGCACAAGAAAGAAGGCAAAAGUAGCUCCCACCGGGGCGGGGGGGGCGGCCACAGCUGCAAAUGUUCGUCCCUUUCCACCACUAAGUGCUCGGAGGACGACGAGGACUUGCGCAUGUCUCCAUCCUCCUCGGGGAAGGACGACAGAGGUCUCGCAGUCACCCCCUAACCACCCGCACACCCACCCCGGCUCCGCAGGAACUGUGGCGAAAGCAGGGGAGGGAGUCCUGCCUGCCCCGGUGCUGACAUGCAGCCGAAGGAUUUUAUACUGUUUUGUAUGAUUUGUGUAAUUUACGAAGGACUUUCUCGCCUUUCUAGACCCCCGGCCCACGGGGACGGGUGUCCCGGCACCCUGGUGUAAAUAAACUCCUCCCUAGGACCCCAGGCGUCUCCCCAUAGUGCUCUCUCACUUGUCUCCCCGCAGGCGCAGCCCUGGGCCCGGGACGCUCCUCGCAGACCUCCCCGCGCUCCGAGACGGGCGCGGAGUGCGCGGAUACUGCGCGGCACGGGCGGUGCGCCCGCCUGGAGGGAUGCUGUCCCGGGCUCCCUCCGGUAACUCGGCGGUGCCCAAAAGCGGGAGGACGGACGGGGAGGGUUGAAGGCUGUUUGGGUUACUAUGUUUCUCCCCCUUUUGUUUUUCCCUUUUUUUCCUUUUUUUUUUUUUUUUGUUUUUGUUUCCUUUACAAAAUGGUUUUGUUUUGACUUCGUCGCUGCCGGGCGCACAACUGUGGUUGUACCGUUCCGUCCCACUCCCUCCCCGCGGGAGAUAUUUAUUUAUUUAUUUAUGUGCAGAGAAACGAUGAUGGCGAUGAUAAUAAUGAUUGUGAUAACAAUAAAAGCUCGU